GCUUUGCUGGUGUAAAGUCUCACUUCUUUUUUAGUGCUUUUUUUUCAAGGCAAUACAUCCCUACCCGAAGGGAAUUGCUGCACGCACAGAACCCGAGGACCGGAAACUUUCACGGCUGUGUAGUGUCCGCUAGCCUGAUGGCCAUGUCGGCGCAAAAUAGGGAUGCGAGCAAUGAAGGGUCUUCGUCAAGGUCGGCCGUAAUUUCUUCCGAUGCUGGUGGUCUAAGCGUUGUCCCUACCACAUCCAAUCCGUUGGCCAUUAAGCCUCCAUCGACAUCUACGACAGGAACCCACCUGUAUAUCAAAAAGGACGCAAUGCGCAACGGAUCGUACCUUGACGUAUUCGACUUUCACCUUACACCCAACUCCGCUUUUCCCACUCCUGGAACACCUCAAACCAACUCUUUUCCGCCUUCAUAUGGAACGUCACCAUUGUAUUCCUCGUCUCCCCGUUUUCCGCUCUCAGCUUCUCCCAUUUCACCUCGAAGAGUAGAAUCUUUGGACCGCAAAUGCUCAAACUCACCUUUGACCGUUCCUGAGCGAGGCGGCGCGGAAAAAGAUAUUCCUUGUUGUGGUCAAAUCCAUGCAACAUAUGAGGACCUGCUUCGGCAUUACGAGCAAGUGCAUGCGGAGGAAAGAACAGUUGAAGGAAAAAGACCACAGGCUCGUCCCUUGCCGAUUUUCUCUCCCGCAUAUCAGGAGGACGACAUGUGGGAUCAGCAGCAACCCACUGGUGAUCUACAUACAGGAGUUUCUACUACAAAGCCUAUGGACAUAUUGGGAAAAAUCAAUAGCGGCGGCGGUGCGGGUGGCUUGUUCCCCGCGGGUACCGGAAACGUCGAUGCAGAUCUGAGUGCGUUGUUGGCAGCUCAACCAAGCGAGGACAAUGCAGGCAGCCAAAUACUGGCGAAACGAAAUUUGUCUGCGGCAGCCUUUUCUAUGGGCUCAUAUGCUGCGGUGGAAUUGAAAAGAUUUCGAGAAGGGUUUCGAUGGAGUGGAGUGGACUUCUCGGAUAUCUUGGAUCAGCCUGCGAUCAAUGAUCUCCCAUCGCAUGGAGCAGAUGAUAUGCUGCCAUCCAUGCUCCCGGCUGUACCACAAGCAGCCGAGGAUAUGCAGCUGGACAACGAGCAACAGGUUGAGCAGCGCCAUUCGCAGCAGCAGAACCAAAAUCUGCACCCUACUUCUACACCCAUCAUCGUGCCAGCAACCUCCUUCACAACGCCAUCACAGCAAGUCACGUCCGCCUUAUCACAGCAGCUUGCACCAGCUCAGCACAAUCGAACGUCACCAACUCACGCACCACAGGCACUUCAUCCGCCGGGUCUGUCUCACCACCUUAACAUGAAUAUGGACGUAUCUCCGCAGCUCCCGAACACUCACCAGCAAUCACGUAAUCGCAAUCCAGAAAAUGGCAACGACAUCGUCGACUAUCUCAUCACCAAUCUUGAGGCGUCCACCCUCGCUACGCCACCAGUACGACCAGUACACGCCAUAUUACCGGCUCCUCUGGCGCUGGAUUCAUCCGCAAUUCAAAUACCGGGAAUUCCAGCAACGUUCUCACCUGCUCCCCCACCAUCACAUCAACAAACCCUGCUACAACGUUCGGCCCCCCCAAAGAAGCCAUCUCAGACCAAAAAGGAGCAGUCAGACAGCACACCGAAACCUUUCAAGUGCCCACAUGACGGCUGUCUGAAAUCAUACAAAAAUCCUAACGGCCUCAAGUACCAUCUGGAACACGGACAUCCAGAAAUCUCUCCUCCGCCAUCUGACUCCUCCAAUUCACAAAAACCACCAGUUCACAAGCCCUUUCGAUGUACAUUUUGUGACAAGCGGUAUAAAAACCUAAACGGAUUGAAAUAUCACCUUGUUCAUGCUCACGCUUGUGACGAAGGGCAGGCGAAAAUCGUUUUAGGACGAGCGAAAAGUGAAGCCGCGUUCCAUGUUGGUGAUGAUGGCGAUGUGGAUGUCAAUGGAAUGUUGGUACAGCUGUUAGCGGUGACGGAGGAAGGAGGUGGACCUUUAGGAUAGCCAUGCCGGGCCUUUCUCUCAAUGGAUAGUGCGUGUAAUAAACGGGCCCGUGUGACAGUUUGAUUCUGUUGGCCCAAGAUUCCUGCCCUA